GUCUCGAGUCUGGGCUAAGCUCAAUGUAAAAAAGAGAUCCCUGUGCCAAGACAGCCAAUGAGAAGCACGUGGGGUCCAACGCAAAAACGAUUUGCUGCAGAUUCCACGCUUCCAUCGAGUUAAAGGUGCCAGGGGAAAAAACCGUAUUAAAAAAAAAACCAGUGCUGGGGCCAUCUAGGAUGGUUGGGACGAAAGGCUUAAAUGGUUCGGUGUCUGGGGCCGCGUAACGGGCCAAGUUGAGUCACCGAGUGAGUUGAGUUUUGAAAGAUUCGGCCUGCUCGCUGGUCUUCUCUACAAAACAACUCGACGUACUGAUACUAGACUCGGCCGUGCUAUGUGUGUUUGCCUUUAGGGAAUACGAAACACCCAGCUCGGUUGUUGACCACCUAGCACUUUCUCGUAUCUUUUCGGUGUCUAGACAGCCGCGGCUCCUUGUGCGUUGUGGAGCCUCGUCCGAAUGACACCAAACUCCACGGCCGCGGGGCCAUACGACGACCGAGAGUUCCCUUCAGCAACAUCACCUCGUUCUCAGUCCGAUGUCAUCACGCCGAUACGCGAGUCGCACGGUCUCAUUAGCGACCGUGUCGAGCGGAGGUCUUCCGAAAAGCGGGAGGACCGCGACGGCGUAUCAAGCGGCGAUGCGGGCCCAGAGCGGCGCAGCGGCCGGUGGCGGGGUUACUUCCGCAGAGGCGGCAAGUUGAGGCCGUUCCGGCUACUGAAGGAGGACUUUGGGAACUUCAGGCUGCGGUACUACUCCGACUGGACUGUGUUCAACCAGCUCGUCCUGGCGAGCGCGGUGUAUGUCUUCUUCACCAACAUCUUGCCCGGUAUCACGUUUGCCAGCGACCUGUAUGUCCUGACGGGGGAGUCGUGGGGCACCAUCGAGGUUGUGUUUAGUACUGGGCUUUGCGGCGUCAUCUUUUCCCUGUUUUCGGCUCAGCCGUUGACGAUCCUCGGUGUGACCGGGCCAUUCUCGGUACUGGCGGAGAACAUCUACACUCUGUGCGAGAACUCAUUCAAGAUCCCCUUCCUGCCCUUUAUGGCAUGGUCGCUCAUCCACUCCGGCUGGAUGCACUACCUCCUGGCGAUAUUUAACGCCCACGACUACACCAUGCAAUACGUCACUGACUUCAGCGCCGACAUUUUUUCUCUUCUCAACAGCGUCAUCUACUUCUACAAAGCCGUCCGGGAGCUUCAGCGCACGAAGGCCGUCGUCUCGCUCGCCGCCUUCCUGUACUCCAUCAUCGGUGCUGCGGGAACCUGUAUGCUCGCCAUCUUCCUGUCCACGGCCGUCUCGUGGAAGCCGCUGUUCCACAGGUACGUCCGCAUGGGCCUGACCGAGUAUGCCGCGGCCAUCUCCAUCGUCUUCUUCAUCGGCAUGCCCUACGUCGGCGACCUUGCCCAGCUCGACCACAACCGGCUCGAGGUCUCCAAGACGUUCAGGCCCUCGUCGCCGAGCAGAGACUAUUUCUUUGUGGAGUUCUGGAAGCUCUCUAUUGGGUGGAUCUUCAUCGCCAUCAUACCGGGCAUCAUCAUCACCGUCCUCUUCUAUUUUGACCACGAGAUCAGCAGCAUCAUAUGCACGGCCAAGAGGUACGGGGUCCAGAAACCGGGGGGCUAUGCGUGGGAUGUCAUGCUCCUUGGCACGACGACCAUCAUGUGUGGGAUCCUCGGCAUUCCGCCAGCCAACGGGUUGCUGCCGCAAGCACCACUCCACUCCGAGUCCCUGAUGUACACGGUCUAUGAGGAUCCGCCAACCAGCGACUCAGGGCCCGGCGACGACCCCCCCGCGAAACCCGUCCUGCGAGUGUACGAGCAGCGGUAUUCGCACUUCAUCCAGGCGGCGGGCAUCCUGCUGUUCAUCUCGCCGCCGUUCCAGCACGUGUUGGGGCUGACGCCGACAUCGGUCCUUGCGGGUUUGUUCUUGUUCAUGGGCUAUCAGUCACUGUCCGUGAACCCGAUCCUCACCAGAAUUUGGCAGCUCCUCACGCCCAUCUCAGAGCUGCCUGAUCUGCCGCAUGGCGCGAGCUGGAUGGGGAUCCACUUCUACACCAUCACUCAACUGGUCCUGACGGGCAUCGUCUUCGGCGUUACGCUGACCGUCGCUGCCCCUGGGUUUCCCAUCAUCAUCAUCAUUUUGGUCCCGGUGCGGCUGUUCUUCAUGAACAGGAUCUGGAGCCGCCAAACGCUGCGGUACGUUGACGGUUGGGCCACCAGGGAAGGCAAACCGGAAGACGAUAACAACGAUCGCUGCCGAGGAGGCGUCGUGACUUCGGGGGCUGCAGCUAGACAGGCAGCUGAUGCCGACGAAGAAAAGGGCAACAAGAUAACGUAGGCGUUGCGUUUCUUUUUUCGAACUUUAAUAACACAUCACGGCAAUAGCCUCCAUCAUCUGUCUUCAUUCAUGUAUGUCGCUUGUUGUCACAAACAGUCAUCAAUAAAGUAUCAGGAGACAUCC